CGCGCUCGUCACCAUGAAAUCGGUUAUCUGUGCGCUUUUCGUUACGCUGCUGGUCAGCCUGGGCCAGGGACUGCCCACCACCAGUCAGGUGAAGGAGGACUCCUCCUCUGCCGCCUCCUUUGCUGGAAGAGUCUCGCAGCUGAUUGCCCUGCAGCUGCUGAAGUUCAACAAGGACAUUGACGCCAACCAAGUUCACUCACCGCUGGGAGUUGCCUCUAUCUUGGCUGUCCUGGCUGAGGCCUCCGAAGGCGACACCUACGCCGAGUUCCAGCAGGUCUUCGGUUAUCCCCAGGAUCGUGACCAGCUGAGGGACACCUACAAGCGCAUCCUGGGCAGCUACCAGAACAGGGAUGCCGCCGUGGCCCUGCCCUCGUUCCAGACCUGGCUGUACAUCUACCGAAACCACAGUGCCCGCGAGGAGUUCAAGAAUCUCUUGCAGCAGCACUACUACGUGGACGUGAAGGACAUCAACCGGCAGGAGUACGAUUGGAAUGAGCCCAACACCUCCCUGCAGCUCCCGGAGGGCAGUGCGGAAUCCACCGAGGGCAGCACUGAGCCCAGCAACAGCAAGGAUGUGAUUGGCUUCGAGACCCUCAAGAGGAUCAACUUGGACGAAGAGGACACGCCGGCUGUGCCGCUGGCCGAUGGCUAUGGCCAGGAAAUUCUGGACAAAGAGGCCUCCAAGUUCGAUCGCGAUAUCGACGACAAGCAGUAUGUGGAAAAACCAGUUGCCCAGGCUGAGGCCGAGCAGCUCCAAAGAGAACAGCAGCAGCAGUCGGAGACCACCGAAACGAAUCUAGAAUUGGAAUCCCAGCCCGAGGCCACGACGAACAUAAUCAAUAGUUUGGUGGAAAAACAGGAAAAACCAGACAUGGCUGCCGAGGAAAAUCCAUCGGAGAAGCAACAGAACAAGCGCAGCGACCAGGAGGAGAGUCAAAUCAAGAAUCUGGAGGAGAACGAGACGGUGCAGGAGGAGGAGAAACUGGCCAAGAUCAUGGCGGCGCCAGCAGUGACCGCCAGUGAACCCGAAAAGGUGCGUCUGCCCCUCCAGAAGCUGGAGAGUGCGGUCAAGGCGGUGGCCAAGGAUGGAGCCGAUGAGAUUAUGCUGGCUUUGGAGUCCCAUCUAUCGGCUGUUAGUCGGGUCUAUGGUGCCCGUAGCCUGUUCCGCAAGGAUGACAUCACCUCUGCCCUGAGUGCCAACUCCAUCACCGGUCGCUCCGUGGGCUCCAAAUCCAAAAUGCUGCUCUUCAACGGCCUGUACUACCGCGGCAGCUGGGCGAAUCCCUUCUACCAGUUGAGGGACGGCAGCGACGAGUUCUUCUUCAUGACCAACGAGGAUGCCAUGAAGGCACCCAUGAUGCAUGCCCGCGGCAAAUUCCAGGUGGCCGAGCUGCCGCAGCUCAAAGCCCGCGUGCUGAGUCUGCCUUAUGAGACUUCCCGCUACUCCCUGUGCAUUGUGCUGCCCGAUGAGACCGAGGGACUUAGCGAGGUGAUUGGCCAACUGCAAAUCAGUGACUUCCUGCUGGCCCACAAGCUUUUCCAGCAGAAGGAGCUGCAUGUGUCGCUGCCUAAGUUCCAAGUGGAGGAGACCUCGCGCUCCGAGGCAAUGCUCAAGCAAAUGGGUCUGAACAAGGUCUUCUCGCGGACCGAGGCCCAGCUGGGUCUACUGUCCGAGGAUCCAGAUGUCCAUGUCGACGAGAUUGUGCAGUUUGUGAAUGUGCGCGUGGACGAGGGAGGCAGCAGUGCCAAUUCCCUGUCCGCGGCCACCAUGCAGGCUCGCUCUCCUUCGGCGGCAGAGGACGCGGAAUCCACGGUACUGCCUGUUCCAGAGCCUGAGCCAGAGCAACCCGGCGUGGAACGCUUCGAGGUGAACCGGCCAUUCGCCUACUUCAUCGUGGACUGCGAGGAGCAGUUUGUCCUGGCCUCCGGCAAGAUCUACACGCCCGAGUUCAAGGAAGACCUGCCGUCGUCAUCCGUCUCCGUUGAGGUGGAGCUGGAACAGUCGUAGGCUGCUCAGAGCAUCCGCCGUCUUAGUCUAUAAGUUAACGUAACGAAUUUUCACCGAUCCAUGCAAUA